AUGAAUUGCUCAGUUUGUGGAUUGAACUUCUUAAGAAAAGACAAAGGUUGUUAAUUAAAAGAAUGCCAAAAAUGUAAAUUAAAAUAUCAUAGAUAUUGUUAUGGGUAUAAUAAUUUAGAUGAAUAUUGUGAUCCAUGUUAAGAUAAUGUUUAAACACCUGUAUGUUAUAUAUGUGGAUAAAAUGGAUUACUAAGGAGAGUUUCUGGAUAUAAUGAAAUGUAUGUACAUGUUAUAUGUGCUAUUUUUGAUCCUUAUAUAUAAGUGAGAGACUAUCAUACAAUGUCAUUUAGUUUAUAAAAUUAAAAAGAUAAAAAAACAAAGGAAAAAUGUUCAAAUUGUGAUUAGUUUGGUGCAUCAAUAAAAUGUUUGGAUUGUUAAGCUGUUGCACAUCCACAUUGUAUUUUUAAAGAGAAAAUUUAGAAAGAGUUAGAAUAGAUUGAAAAUGAAUAAUGGAUUUUAAAUCUUAAGUUUCAUGGCAAUAAUUAGGAUCCAAAUAUUAUAGAUGUAGAUUAAUAAGAAAUAAAAAAUGAAUUAUAUGAUAUUUAAGAGGCUUUUUCAAUUACAAUAGAUAAUAUUUUUGAAGUUCCAUAAAUAAAUGAGAAAUCAACAAAAGAAUUAAAGGAUGAAGUUUUACUAAAUUUAGAAUCUAUUUUUAAUAAUUAUACAUUGCCCAUUAAAAAAUAACAAUUUUGGACAGAUUAUAAUAAGAUUGAAAGUUAUUGUUAAUCUCAUAUGGAAAGUCAUGUCAUUUUUUGUAUAUGUAGAAAUUCAUUAGAUAAUUAAUAAAUGGUAUAAUGUGAAUAUUGUUAUGAAUGGUUUCAUUUUGGAUGUAUAAAAAAGAAAUAAAUUAAAUAAGAUUAUUAUCUAUGUGAAGGUUGUAAAAAAUGGAAUAACAGAAGAUAAUAAAUUGAUUUAGAUAAUCCUAUCUUAUUAAAUUUAGAAGAUUUAAUUAUUCCAAAGGAAAUAUAUAAAAUUUAUUUAUUAGAUGUAUUACCUAUAUUAUUAUAUAUGGAAGCAAUUAUGAGAAGAUUACCUAGAUUAAUCUUAACUUAAGAUGAUUAUAAAAAUUUGAAACUUAUAAAAUCUUUUUUAGCUUCUAUGCCAAUUAAACCGUCUGCAGAAAUUUAAUUAGAUAAAAUAUUAUUAAAAUAAAAAUUAUUAGAAGAAUUGAAAUAAUAAAUGUUAUCUUUACUUCCUAUUUAAUUAGAAAAAAAUAAAUCAUUUUUUGAAGAAUUAUCAAAAUAAUUAAGAAAUAAAGGAUAUUCUUUUGAUAAAGAAGAAAGAAAGGUUUUAAAAUAAUUUAUAUUAUCAAGAAAAUAAAUGAAAUUUAAAAUAGAAAAAGGGAUUAAUGAUGGUUAUUUAGUAGAAACUACAUUUAAUCUUUUGGACGAAAAUAUACUUGAUGCACAUAAAUUGUUUAUCCAUCCUAAUGAAACUCUAUUUUAAUUAAUUAAUCGUUAUGUAGUAUCAUCAAAUAUUAAAAAAGAAUUUAAAUAACUCUUUGAAGGAGCUAAGUUUUAAUGGGAUAUUCCAUAUAUAGAAAAUUAAUUAGAAUUAACAGUUUAUAAAUAAUAUAUAAUAAUGAAAAAUUAGAAAAGUAAGCCAUUAGUAGAUAAAUUAAUUGAAUUAAAAAAGAUGGCUAUAAAAAGUAAUAUUACAAUGGGAUGUAUUAAAUUAAUAGAAAAAUUAAUAUAAGAAAGUACAACUCUGGAAGAUGUAAAUAUGAAAACUAAUUUAUAAUAAAUUAUAGAAUUUCCUUUUAAUAAUGAAAAAUUGUUGAAUCAAAUUUAAUCUCAUUUUGAAUCUUAAUUGAUCUAAGAAUUUAAAGCAGAUUUAGAAUCAAAAAUAGAGAAAAAUUGUAGAUUAACUGAAAGAGAUUAUUAAGGACUUUAUAGUUUUGAUAAUAUAUAAAAAGCAGCUUAAGAAUCAUCUAUUAUUAAAAGAGUAUUUGAUUAAUUAAUUGAAAUUUAAAAUAGAUGUCAAAACUAAGAAAAAAUAACAAGUGAAUCUUGUUCAGAUAUUUUAGAUUUAAUGGAUAAGUGUUUAUUUACAAAUGAAUAUUUAGAGAAUUACAAAAUAAAAUUGAGAAAAUUCUAAGAAUUUGAUAAUAAAUUAAAAGAGAUUUUAACAAUUAAAGAAUUGGAAUAAAUAGAUAAUGAAUGUAAAUCAUAUGGUUUUGAAUUAGAUAUCUAAUCUCGAAGGAAAGAUUUAAUUUAAGCUAUUGAAAUAAUUGAAAAUAAACCUAAUAUCAUCGAUUGUUUAGAUUAAUAUAGAUAUCUAAAAUCUGGUGAACUUGAAUUAUAUAUUUAAUAAAGUCAAUAAUAAAUAGAAUUCAUCAAACAAUUCUAUUAUAUAGCAUAUAAGAGAUAAGAUAAUUUACAAAUAAUGUUAUAGAAAAUAAAGGAAAUUAAAGAUUUAGAUUUUAGUAAUGAAAUUAUUUCAUAAGUGACCAUACCAUAAGUAGUAUUUGAUGAGAUAUCUUAAAUUGUAUUGAAUUUUAGAUAAAUAUAAUGGAGAUAUGAAUGUCAGAAAUUAUUGAAUGAAUCUAAUAAUUCUGAAGCAUAAAAUGGAAAAAAGAAGUACAACAUAAAUUAAGUGAUUAAAUUAUUGAAUAGUGAUAUAUAGAUACAAGAUCAUUACUAUUUGAUGUUGAUGCAAAAAAUAAAAUGUUAAUAUGACAUUUGGUUACAAUCUAUGAAAGAUUUUGAGUUGCAAUUAGAGGGUUCAAAAGCUCCAGAGCAAUAUUUACUAAUUCAAUUAAUUAAUAAUAAUUAUUAUUAUGAACCAAAUAUGUAAAGUCAAUUAUGGUCAUUUUAUAUUCAGAUGCUUUGGAUGCAAAAAGCUGAAGAAUUCUUAGAAUCAAAAGCCAAUAUUCUAAGUUUGAAAACUCUUAUUAAUUGUGCUCAAAUUGCAAAUAUUAAAACAAAUAAUCAAUUAUUAAAUAAAUUAAAAGAAAAUAUUAAAAUUUAUGAGAAUUUGAAUCAGAAAUAUAAAGAAUAUUAAGAAUAAAGACUUAUUUGGUUAAGAAACAAGGAAUUGAUUAAUAAUUUACAAACAUAUUAAUAAUACUUUGAAUUUUUGGAGAAUAAACCAGAUGCUGAAAUUAUGAGUGAAAUUUUAAAUUAAGCAAAAUAAUAUCAAGGACUCAAAUUAAAGGAGUUAGGAGAUGAUAUUUAAGAAGUAAAGUAAGUGUUAUUUCAAUAUAAUGAACUAGUACAGAAAUAACCUGAUAAUAAUCUAUAUAUUUAAUAAUUAUUCAAAAUACGAACAUGUUAUUGUCAUUGUUAUUUGAAAAUUAAAGGAUUUAGUUUAUAAUUGAUGUAUAAUAUGAUAAAAUAACAAUCUUUAAGAUGUUUGAAAUAAAGAAGUAACAAUGAUUAGAUGUAAGAAAGACUUAAUGAAGUUGAUAUGUUAAUAACUUUGGGAGGAGAGGAAUGGUAAUAAAAAUUGGGAUUACUUUAUAAAUAGAGAUAAAAGAAUACAAAUAGUGCAGAUUUAAAAUUUAUAGAUUAUGUAAGUUAUAUAAAUUAAUAUUAAGAGUUUAAGAGAUGAUUUUGAAUGGAUAGGUUGGAUGAAAGAAAGUAUGUAAAAUGCGAAUUAAAUUCUAAAUUAAGAAAAAUAAAAUAAGAAAUAAUUGAAAGAAGAGAAAAUUCAGAAUAAACAGUAACAAUAAACUAAAGCAGAUGAUGUUUGGGAAGAUUUAAGAAAAAUAUCUAGGGAGAGACUUAAGAAAAUAUUAUAUAAGUAUAAAAAUUGGAGAUAAGUGAAUGAAUAAUCUAUAUUUAAUUUAGAAGUAUCAAUAUUUUAGGAAAUGAAUCUUAAUAGAGAGAAAUACUUAAAAGAGAUGAAAAAGAUUUUAGAAAUCAUAAAAUUAAAUAAAUAAAAAAAGUAUUCAUUAUAAUAUAAUAUUAGUUUAUCAUAUGAAGAAAUGAGAAAAAUAAAAGAUAAUAAAAAAACUGAGAAUUAAUAAUCGAUCAUUAUGGAAAAACAUAAAAAAUAAUAAUAAUAAUAAUAAUCAAUUAAAAUAGUUAAAAUAGCAUCUUAAUCUAUUCCUUAAAUAAUUUGUUAAUAAAUAAUAUAAAAUAAUGAAUAAGAUAAAUUUAAUAAACAAGAUAUUCAUUUCUAACAAAAUAAAGUAAAUAAUUAAACAUCAAUAUCUAAUCCUUAAGGCUAAAAUGAUACAUUUAAAAUUAAAGAGAAAGAAUUAUUGAUGAAUAUAGGAGAACUAAAUCUAUUAUUAAAGAAGAAGUCAGAUGAGAAUAGAGAAUCAUGGUUAAUAAGACCAUCUUUAUUAACUUAUGAUCAUUAAUUGAUCUAAUAUUUUCCAAGACCAGAAUUAAUUACAGUCACUUGUGAAACUUAUUCAUCUGCAAAAACAGUUGUUGAAUAUUUAACUCAAAAACAAUCUUAAUUCAAAAUGAUAAUUGGAUGGGUUUAUUCUAAAAAUAUUGCCGUGGCUGGAGACCUUUUUAAUUUGGCUGAUAAAUUGAAGUAUUCUAGAUAAUGUGUUGGUACUAAACAAGGAAAUGUAGGAUUGACAUUAAUUUAUUAUGAUUUCUUAAAAAAAUUGAAACCUACUACUAAAUGGAUACUCAUGAGAGAUCAAUUUGAGUAAGAUAAUUUAUCAUUAUUUUAGAAAUCAAUAAAUCAUGAAUAAUUUAUAAAAUUAUCAUACACUCGAGAAAUUUAAAGCUCGUCUCUGCUUUGUUUAUUAUAUUAAAGACUAUAAGAUAUCUCCAAAUACUAUCUUAUCUUAACCUGUCGAUUACAUAGAUGUAUUAGAGGAACCAAAAUUAAGAAUUAUUAUAGAAAACUAUAAAAAUCUCUAAUAUAUGCAAUCAACUUAAACCAAUUAAGCAGAUUCUAUCUAAAGUCAAAAUAUAGAACCAAUUACUAAAGAGGAGAAUAAAGAUGAUAAUGCUUAAUAGAACUUGAAUGUUCAUACUAUGCUCAAGGAAAUUCCUGGUAUUUUCAGUUUAUUAAAUUAAUGA